UCACAUUAACCAUUUAUUCAGUAUUUCAGUAUUUAGUUUGUGGAUUCCAAUAGGUUAUUGACCGAUUCUCACUAAUGCCUAAAAAAUAAGUUUAAAAAAUAUUAGGUUUAAAGAGAAGUAUCAACACAAAAUAGUGCAUUAUUAAUAAUUAAUACCAUAUAAUCUUUAUUGAAUAAUAAACCAAAAUAAAUAAUGCGAAACGCUGUAGUGAUUAUUUUUCUAUGUUCUAUCGCGUUUAAUAGAACUAUUUGUUCCGAAGAUGUACCUGACUACAAAUGGCCUACGAUUGGAAUAUCGAUACUCGUUCGCAAUAAAGGACACACAUUACCGUAUUUCUUAUCGUGUCUUCAUAAUUUAGAUUAUCCGAAGGACCGGCUAUAUCUCUGGAUGUACAGUGAUUACAAUGAAGAUAACAGUCAAAACAUCAUAGAAAAAUGGGCAGAGAUGCAUGCAAAAGAAUACAAUGGUGUUUAUAUAACCACAAAUAGUAGUAGCGGACUCCUCCACCCAGACGAAAAGUCUCCGACACACUGGAGUAAGGGCCGGUUCAAACAUGUUAUACAGUUAAGAGAAGAAAGUCUCGAGUUUGCUAAGAAAAUGUGGGCUGACUAUCUUUUCAUGGUUGACGCUGAUGUGUUCCUAACAGAGAAGUUGACCCUCAAAAUCCUAGUGAACAAAAAUGUUACAGUGGCAUCACCAAUGCUCUUGUCUGAUGGCCUCUACUCCAAUUUUUGGUGUGGGAUGACAGAGAAGUUCUACUAUCAACGGACAGAUGACUAUGAACAAAUUUUGAGACGAGAAAAGCAGGGCUGUUAUGAGGUGCCUAUGGUAAACACAGCAGUAUUGGUGUCGCUUAGAAGAAAAGAGUCGGACUUUCUUACGUACGAUCCGCGCAAAAUAAAUGACUACAAGGGCCCUGAUGAUGAUAUCAUCGCAUUUGCAAUCAGUGCUAAAAUGAAUGGUAUCAGUCUCAACAUAUGCAAUGACAGACUGUAUGGCUUCAUACUCGUGCCUUUGGAGGAGUCUGAUGAGUUAUCAAAAGAUUAUGAUCAACUACUGAACAUAAAGUUAGAAGCAAUUAGUCGCAAAGUGCCUUUAACAUUAAACAAACAUUUAGAGGAGUUUGUAACUUACCCCAAACCUUCAAAAUUCAAGUGCAGUGAAGUGUAUAUGAUCAAUCUGGAGAGGAGAACAGAAAAGAGAGAGCUUAUGGAGAUGAGCUUCAAGGAACUUGGUAUAGAUGCGAAGCUUUUUGUAGCUGUUGAUGGAAUGAAGCUUGAUUUGGAUGAUCUACAGGAGUAUUCAAUCACCUUAAUGCCUGAUUAUGAGGAUCCAUUUCAUAAAAGACCGAUGAAAGCGGGCGAGAUUGGGUGCUUCUUGAGUCACUACUACAUUUGGAAAGAGAUUGUUGAAAAGCAUCAUUCUACAGCAUUAGUGCUCGAGGAUGACGUGCAUUUCGUUCCAUAUUUUCGACAGAAGUUCCUGCGAUUAUUGGAUGAGAUAAGAAAUCUGGAAUGGGACCUUGUUUAUAUAGGCAGGAAGAUACUGCUAAAAGGCGAGGAGCAAUAUGUGACAGACCAUACUACUCGGCCGCUGUACUCCUACUGGACGCUUGGGUACCUGAUCAGCGAGAGAGGUGCUAAGAAGUUGCUAGAUGCCCGUCCGUUGACAAAAGUGUUACCGGUAGAUGAAUUCCUGCCCAUCAUGUUCGACCAACACCCCAAUGACACAUGGAAAGCUCACUUCCCGAAUCGUAACUUAAUCGCACUAUCAGCUGCUCCGCUUCUGGCCUUCCCAAUCCAUUAUACAGGCGAGGAAGGCUACAUAAGCGACACCGAGGACUCUAAUAUCAUCGAAAUCGACCAGCAUGACAACGCUAUCAAGCAUGAACUCUGAAAUGUUAGUUAUUGUACGUAAGUCAUACCUAAAAUGUAUCGAUUUUAUAAGAAAUAAAUCAUGAUGCACAAUAGCAGGUAAAAAGUGGCGCAAAAAUAGAAAGCAUAAUAGAGAGCGGCGCUGAGAACUCGAGGUUAGUGUAGAUACUGAGAUAAUACCGUCAAGCGAGAACUGUGAAAUCUUAGUUUAUUUAUAUUUUAUAUAACUAUGCCUAAAUAUCAUCGAUAUUAAAUAGAAUAAUUAUAAAGCAUACGACCGCACUGAAACUAAAAUGAGACGAGUACAUGAAGUCCAUUCAUUCAAGCACAAGAAUUUGUCUAUACUAGUGACCCGUGGGAAUUUCGAUUGAUUUACACAUAUUUUAACAAAUUAUACACCUGCACCUUUCGCAGGAACCACUCUGUUCAUUAAACCAGAUUAUUGGUAAUAUAUAGACAGACACAGUGGAGUACUUUGUUUUAUAAUAUGUAUGUAUACAUAGAUUAU